CUGUUGGUAACCAUGUAGAGACCAAACACAAAAUUUCCUCCACUCAAAGCAUAGCCCUAUCUACCCAAGAAAAGCCAAGAAUCCAAUUCCCAUGUCAACCCUCUUUUCAAAUACUCUAUUAUAGCCAGUUGCUCUCUCUCUCUCUCUCUCUCUCUCUCUCUUCGAUUACCUCGGAGUUCAGACCCAGUUUGUUUCAGGUAGCUCUUGUAGCCAUAGUCCGGCAGUUCUAAGUGGGAUAGGUGAGUAUGGCACAAAUUUUGGCGCCUUCCCCACAGUGGCAGAUGAGAAGUCCAAAGAACUCAACAAAUGCAAGUCUAAUGACAUCAAAGAUGUGGGGCUCCCUCUUGUUGAAACAGAACAAGAAGGCAACAACUAAAACCUCUGCCAAAUUUAGGGCGUUCGCCAUAUAUUCCGAGAACAAUGCAAUAAACAGAAUGGAAGAUCUGCUAAAUAUGGAUGUAACACCUUACACUGAUAAGAUCAUUGCGGAGUAUAUAUGGAUUGGAGGAUCCGGCAUUGAUUUGCGUAGUAAAUCAAAGACGAUCUCAAAGCCAGUUAAACACCCCUCUGAGCUUCCAAAGUGGAACUAUGAUGGAUCCAGUACUGGACAAGCACCGGGAGAAGAUAGUGAAGUAAUUCUAUACCCUCAAGCAAUAUUCAAGGACCCUUUUCGCGGUGGUAACAACAUCUUGGUACUUUGUGACACCUACACACCAGCAGGCGAACCAAUCCCCACAAAUAAACGCUACAAGGCUGCAGAAAUUUUCAGUAAAAAGAAGGUUAUAGAUGAAAUCACCUGGUACGGCAUUGAGCAAGAGUACACCUUACUCCAACCAAACGUAAAAUGGCCCUUAGGAUGGCCUGUUGGAGGCUAUCCUGGUCCUCAGGGUCCUUAUUACUGUGCUGCUGGGGCUGAUAAGUCAUUUGGGCGUGACAUAUCCGAUGCUCAUUAUAAGGCUUGCUUGUAUGCUGGAAUCAACAUUAGUGGCACCAAUGGAGAAGUUAUGCCUGGCCAGUGGGAAUUUCAAGUAGGUCCUAGUGUGGGAAUUGAAGCUGCAGAUCAUGUCUGGUGUGCUAGAUACAUCCUUGAGAGAAUUACCGAACAAGCUGGCGUUGUUCUCACACUCGAUCCCAAACCAAUUGAGGGUGACUGGAAUGGUGCAGGAUGCCACACGAAUUACAGUACAAAGAGUAUGAGAGAGGAUGGUGGCUUUGAAGUAAUUAAGAAGGCAAUUCUGAAUCUUUCGCUUCGUCACAAAGAUCACAUCAGUGCUUAUGGAGAAGGAAAUGAAAGGAGGUUGACUGGAAAGCAUGAAACUGCUGAUAUCAACACAUUCUCAUGGGGGGUUGCUAAUCGUGGUUGCUCAAUACGUGUGGGCCGUGAAACUGAGAAGCAAGGCAAAGGUUACUUGGAAGAUCGGCGUCCAGCUUCAAACAUGGACCCUUACGUAGUGACCGGAUUACUCGCCGAAACCACCUUACUAUGGGAGCCAACGCUCGAGGCUGAAGCACUUGCUGCUCAGAAACUGGCAAUGAAGGUCUGAGCUGAAGUUCGACAUAAAAUGAGGGGAUGCCGCCCCGUGGUCAUGAAAGUUGAUUCUUGAAUUUGUUUUCUUUUUCUUAGAUCUUCUGAGAAGAUCCAUUGUAAAUAAAGGUCCCUAUGGAGAUGUUUUAGUUUUACUAAGUUCCAACUUUGGGAUGAGGGUGUGUUCUUGAGUAUUUUUCUCAGUUGAAGCUUUGAAGGAGAGAGUGCACUCCAGUGUUAGCAA